AAAUAACGCGGGGGGGGGCGGAAACGAUCCCGGAGCUUAUUUACCACCUCCUCCCCCCCCCCUUCCCGGUGUUCCCGUGGUGACGUCACGGCUCCGGGGGGAAAGGCCGGAUCCCGGGUUUGCUGAGGGAUAGCGGGAAUUGCGGGUUUUCCUGUGGGAGACGGAAAAUUCCCGGUUUUCUGGAGGGGGGAAAAAAGGGAAUUUCAGGUUUUCCUGAGGGGUAAGGUGGCUUCUGGUUUUCCCGAGGGAAAUGGGAAAAUUCAGGUGUUCCUGAGGGAAAGGGGAAUUUCUGGAUCUCCUGAGGGCGCAACUGGUUUUCCAAAGAGAAAAAGGAACGUUUUAGUUUUCCUGGAGGGAAAUGGAAACUUAUGGUUUUCCUAAGGCAGAGACCAAAUCCUGGUUUUCCAGAUGGAAAAGGGAAUUCCUGGUAUUGAAAAGGGAAAUUCCUGCUUUUCUGGAGGGAGGGACCGGAGCCUGGUUUUCCAGAUAGAAGGGGGAAAUACAGUUUUCCCUGAAGGAGCAGCUAGUUCCUUGUUUUCCCAAGGGAAAAGGAAGUUUCUGGUUUCCCUAAAGGAAGAGGCGGGUUUCUGGUUUUCCUGAAGAAAAGGGAGUUUUAGGUUUCCUAGAGGGGAAGUUGGGUUUCUGUUUUUCCUGGUGGAAAUGUCUGGAUUCCCUGAGAGAGAGGCCCUUCCCUGUUUUUCCUAAGAGAAAUGAAAUUUUUCCCCUUGGAAACCUCAGGUUUUCCAGAGGGAGACAUUGGUUUCUGUUUUCGCCAUGGGAAAAAGCAUUUUCUGUUGUUCCUGAGGGAACAGGGAAUUUCUGUUUUUCCUGAGGGAAAAGGACAUUUCUGCUUUUACUGAAGGAGAAGUAAUUUUCUGGAUUUCCUAUGCGAAAAGGGAAUUUCAGGUGUUCCUAAGGGAUUUCUAAGUUUCCAGACUGAAAAUGAAAUUCCCGGUUUUCCAGAGGCAGAAACCUCUUCCUGGUUUUCCUGAGGGAAAAAGCAGUUUGUAUUUCUCCUAAAGGAUGAGCCACUUUCUGCUCUUCCCAAGGGAAUUUCUGGUUAUCCUGAGGGAGAAGCCAGUUUGUGGAUUUGCUGAUGGAAAAGGGAAUUCCUGUUUUUUCUGGAGCUAGAGGCCGGAUUCUUCUUUUCCUGCAGGAAAAGAUCUCCAGCCAUGGCGGAGGGGGAGAAGCUGAGGCAGCUCUUCCGGCUGGUGCAGGAGGGACGCCUGGAUCUCCUCCGGGAUGAGCUGCGUCCGGAUGAUGACGUGGACCUGGGAUUGCAGCCCUGGCGCUACGGGCGCCUGGGGGACACGCUGCUGCACCACGCUGCCCGGUACGGGCACCGGCAUGUCCUCACCUACCUGGUGGAGGACCUGGGGAUGGAUGUUGAGGUGUUCAACAGUGACUACAAAAGGCCCCUCCAUGAAGCAGCCUCCAUGGGCCAUGAGGAGUGUGUGUCCUUCCUCCUGGAGAGAGGAGCCAGCGUGGACUGCUUGAAGAAGGCAGACUGGACACCCCUCAUGAUGGCUUGCACCAGGAAGAACCUGGAGGUUAUCAAAGCUCUCAUGGAGCACAGAGCCAACCCACUGCUGAAGAAUAAGGAUGGCUGGAAUUGCUUCCACAUCGCGAGCCGGGAGGGCCAUCCCCAGGUCCUCAGGUACCUGCUGGACAUGUCCCCAUGCAGCUGGGACACGGAGAGCACGAUAAAGAGAACACCUCUGCACACAGCAGCGAUGCACGGCUGUUCCGAUGUUGUGGAGCUGCUCCUGGAGCGGUGCCACUACAAACCUGACAGCAGGGAUAAAUGUGGAGUCACUCCCUUUAUGGAUGCUAUCCAGAACGGGCACAUCGGCAUUGCCCGGUUGCUCCUGGAAAAACACCAGGCCUGUCCUACAGCUCUGGAUGCACUGGGUGCUCAAGCUCUGCACCGGGCAGCAGUUACAGCACAGGAUGAAGCCAUCCAGUUCCUUGUGUCUGAGCUGGGUGUUGAUGUCAAUGAGAGAGCAACAGCUCUGCAGCUCACAGCACUGCACUAUGCAGCCAAGGAAGGCCAUGCACACACCAUCCAGACGCUGCUGUCCCUCGGUGCUGAUGUCCAUGCAAAGGAUGGGAAGAGCCGUUCAGCUCUACAUGCAGCCUGUGCUGGGCAGCAGGCGGGUGCUGCACGGAUCCUGCUCCGCGCUGGGCUGCAGGACACCCCAGAUGGCACAGGCAUGCUGGCACGGCAGCUCGCGAGAAAGCCGGAUGUCAUCCAGGUUUUCCAGGAAACAAAUAUCAGCACAUGAGACGUAAUGGGAAAGAGAAGCCUGUUUCAUCUCAGUGUGGGCUGAACUUCACCUCUUCUUGUGCAGCACCCAGCACAUCCAAACAGCUGAGUCUGCAGCUCCCUCAAGGAUAACCAAGGAAUGUGCCCCAUGGGCUACUGCUGGAUGACUUCUGGGCACCUGCAUGGCUUGAACCCCCUGGGAUGUUUCCUAGGCUGGCUUUUACUGGGCUGUAGACGUACAGUGGACAUCCUGAGGGAGAAGAUACACCUGAAUCAUUGAUUUUUAUAGCCCUUUAUGGACCUGCUCACCACGAAUUCCUUCAGUUGCUUUAAGUGGCCACCUCUUAUGAUAGCCCCUGAAUAAGACAGAGCAUGGUGCAAGUAUAAGUGAGCCCUUGGUGACUCUUCAACAGGUUUGAGCUGCAGAGGACAAGUGCAGGGAGUCUUCAAGCUGCAUCAACCUAUUUCUUGUGGAUCCUAAAGGCAUCUGAACUCAAUAGUAAGACCUCAACCUUACAAUGACAUCAUGGGCCUUUGAAUCAGAGUGGAAAAAGUAGGUAUUUGGUAUUCCAGGGUUACUUGGCACUUCUCAUCAUUGAUGAACUUUACAGAUAAUCUGGGGUUUUUUUUGAAGUGUUUAAAGAAAUGGCUUAAUAUUUAAUGUAGCCAGUAAGUCUCUAACGGCCUGGAAUACACGUGAAGGCAAGAGCUCCC